GCGGGGCCAGGCCUGAGGGGCGGUGCCGGGCCCCGCGCGCCGCCCCCGCCCGCUGUCCCGCCGGGCGCCGCGGCCGCGCUCACUCAGCGGCUGGAGCGGGCGGGCUGCGGCUCUCUCUGCCGGCAGCCUCCUCCGCCGGGUGCGCGACGCGGCCGCUGCUCGCCUCGCCAUGGCCAAGGAGACCAAGAAGCCGUUCCGCCAGAGCAUGGCCGAGUGGCGGCAGUUCAUCUACAACCCCAGCAGCGGCGAGUUCCUGGGGCGCACGGCCAAGAGCUGGGGAUUGAUCUUACUGUUCUAUCUGGUGUUCUAUGGCUUCCUAGCAGCACUCUUCACGUUCACAAUGUGGGUUAUGCUUCAGACCCUGAGCAGUGAUAUACCAAAAUAUCGGGACCGCAUCUCUAGUCCAGGACUUAUGAUUUCACCAAAGCCAGACACUGCAUUGGAAUUUUACUUUAACAAGAGUGACAGCCAGUCAUAUUCGGAAUAUGUUACCACACUUAAAAAUUUCCUUGAAUCAUACAAUGAUUCCAAGCAGUCCCAGAACAUAGACUGUGCUUCAGGGAAGAUUUUUGAGCAGAAUGAUGCUGCUGUUAAAAAGGCCUGUCGGUUCAACCUCUCUAAUCUGGGACAGUGCUCUGGAAAGGAAGAUCCGAAUUUUGGGUAUUCCAAAGGAACUCCCUGUGUGCUUGUGAAAAUGAACAGAAUAAUUGGAUUAAAGCCCGAAGGAGAACCACAUAUACAGUGCACACCCAAGGAUGAAGGCAUGGUUACUAUAAAUUAUUUUCCUCCUGAAGGCAGUAUAGACUUGAUGUACUUUCCAUACUAUGGGAAAAGCUUGCAUGCUCACUAUUUACAGCCUCUAGUGGCUGUUCAACUAACAAUUCACCCCAACAGUACCAAAGAAGAAAUAGCAAUUGAGUGUAAGAUCCUGGGCUCACCUAAUUUAAAAAACGAAGAUGACCGUGACAAGUUUCUGGGACGAAUUGCCUUCAAAGUUCAGAUGUCUGAAUAGCUGGGGGAAAUGUUCUCCACCAAGUCAAUGUUGUGUUGUCUGUUUUGUAUCAGCUGGACAUGCCAUCCUUAGGAUAUGAGACCACCUUGGAGAAUGGUGAGGUGGUUUGUGCCGUUCAGGGUAGCAUAAUAAUAUGCUUCCAAAUUGUAUGUUUAAAACUCCCUUAAAAUAAAUGCCUCUCCUGCUUUUGCCUGCCCCGUUGGAACAGUGUACAGACUAGAGUUAUGUCAUAGGGACCUGUAAAUAGCUGUUCUCAAACACAUAAUAAUGGUGACCUUUGUCCUGUUCUAAAACGUGGUUUUAUCCCCCCCCCCAAGUGAGUGUCUCAAGCUUAAUGUGCUGUGCUCUGUAAAUAUUGUACUGAUUUAACACUGGUUUAACUGUCAUAUCUCAAUGCUGACACAGUUAGAGGGGUAAAUAAUAAAUGGUACCUGACUGACCUAGUGAGUUCUUUGUGAGAGUAAACAUCUCCAGCGUAAAUGGUGUGUAUGGGAGUGGGUGGGUGGAUGGAUGGCUGAGUGGAGAUGCCUUAAAUUGUAGCCUGGGUGGCGUGGGAGAACUGAAAUGGAUUUUAAGAGUUGGUGUGGAUUGCUGAAAGUAAGUGCUCAACUUAAGUACUUCCUUGUGCUUGUCACUGUGCAAGUAUCGUGUCCAUGUAAUACUUGGUGUAGAGUUUGGUGUUCUAGCUGAGGAGUUGAAUCUUUCCUUUGUGUUGUUAAUUGCUUGUAAUAUGUGGAGCACAAAUAAAAUCUAUACAAUAUUUUAAAACUUUUUAGUUCAGAAAUAUCGAUAGAGAACAAUUAAAAGUUGUUUAGGGUCACGGUAACAGUUGUGCAACAGAGCUGCUUGAAAAAGUGGCUUCACUAUUGUGGGAAUAGGCUUUCAUUUUCCAAUUAAAAAGUUUCUUGAGGAACCUCUGUUUAAGGAAAAAAAAAAAGGAAAAAGAAAGGAUUGUCUGGAUUAAACAUUCCUGUUUAAUUUAUAUAUGUUUCGUUGCAUCAUUUUGACAUGUCUCACACCUUCAUCUGCUCCUUCAUCUUGGGCUUUGUGUGUAUUUCGUCAUCAUCCCUUUAGAAAAUUGGUGUCAUCAGCUGCUUCAUAGAAACAUCCUGUUGGCCUGCAGUGGAACUGCAGAUGCAGCUGCUAAAAUGCCUGGAACCAGCCUGGUUUAUUUGUGCCUGCUGCUCACAUUAAACCAGGCUGACCCUCCCCUGGGCCUGGACCCUGGGCAGCUGUGCUGACAUGGGAUUUAUGCCGCUCUUCCCCAGGGCUUCAGUUUGCUUUGCUCUUGGGGGGUGUUUUUUUGAGCACAUGGUCCACAUUCUGGUAUCUUGUUAAUAUUAAAGACCCCAGCAAAUCCGCAUUUGUGUAAAUACCUGUACGUUCUGCUAGCUAGGCCUGAAUUUGUUACUUAAUAGGCUUUUAUACCUAAUUGUUACAGUGGUUUUUAAUGUUUUAUUUAAACCAAUUAAAUGAAGAAUUUCUAAAAUUCAAGAUCCAGUCUUAAUGCCCUGCUUUAAAAAAGUUUGAGGCCAGUCUAAGCCACAUUAGUGAAAACCUUUUAACAGCUGUGCAAGUUUACACUGGUGCACAGCUGGAGGAAGCUGCUCUUAAUGGGACUUGAACAGUGUCUUAAACCUCAUUAAAAAUAGAUUUCUACUGAUCUGAUACCAUUCAGCAUGCUUUUUGUUGUCUACAGAAGAAAGUUGUUGUUCCUACAAUAUGCAAUGGGUAUUUUUGUAAUAAUGGCAUGCAUUAAUACUGAAUGAGAUGUUCUUUACAAAUAUUCCAUUACUGAUGUUUGAAAUGAUGCACUUUUGGGGCUGGGAUACCUGGCUCCUUGAAGAUAUGACUGAUUGCUUCUCCGUGUAUUAAUACUGCCUGGAAGUAUUUUAAUAGUUGUGAGGGAACUUAAAUGUAGAUGUUGCAUCUGACAAUGAAAAGGAUUCGCUUCAUGUAAAAACUUCUCACAUUUGUGUUCACUUAGGAAUGGUAAGAACUUCUGGACAAACACUCAGUUUUCCAAUGAGCUUGUUUUUUGCAACAGUUUCUCUUUUCUCUAUAUAGACAAAGCAUGAAAUGGCAACUCUUCACCAGCACUUUUCAGACAGGUAAAACUCAAUAAACUCCUGUUCUCCCUA